AUGGCAGCCUCAGGGGUGCCCAGAAUAUGCGACAUCCUCAUCGCCUACAGCCCGGAUGCCGAGGAAUGGUGCCAGUACCUGCAGACUCUGUUCCUGUCCAGUCGGCAGGUCCGCAGCCAGAAGAUACUGACUCACAGGCUGGGCCCCGAGGCCUCCUUCUCGGCAGAGGACCUAAGCCUUUUCCUCAGCACCCGCUGUGUUGUGGUGCUGCUGUCCGCGGAGCUGGUGCAGCACUUCCACCAGCCCGCCUUGCUCCCCCUGCUGCAGAGAGCCUUCCAUCCUCCGCACCGCGUGGUCAGGCUGCUCUGCGGCGUGCGGGACAGCGAGGAGUUCCUAGACUUCUUCCCAGAUUGGGCCCACUGGCAGGAGCUCACCUGCGACGAUGAGCCAGAGACCUACGUGGCAGCUGUGAGAAAAGCCAUUUCUGAAGAUUCUGGCUGUGACUCAGUCACUGACACUGAGCCUGAGGACGAGAAGCCUGUUUCCUACUCAAAGCAGCAGAGCCUGCCGACGGUGACGUCACCUGGGAACCUGAUGGUGGUGCAGCCGGACCGCAUUCGCUGUGGGGCAGAAACCACUGUCUACGUUAUUGUGAGAUGUAAGUUGGAUAACAGGGUGGCGACGGAGGCAGAGUUUUCUCCUGAGGAUUCUCCCUCUGUGAGGAUGGAAGCCAAGCUGGAGAAUGAGUACACCGUUUCCGUGAAAGCUCCCAACCUUUCAUCUGGGAAUGUUUCCCUGAAGAUAUAUUCUGGGGACUUAGUGGUGUGUGAAACCGUUAUCAGCUAUUAUACUGACAUGGAAGAAAUUGGGAAUUUAUUGUCCAACGCUGCAAAUCCUGUGGAAUUCAUGUGUCAGGCCUUUAAAAUUGUGCCCUACAACACAGAGACCCUUGAUAAACUGCUAACCGAAUCCCUGAAGAACAAUAUCCCUGCAAGUGGACUGCACCUCUUUGGAAUCAACCAGCUGGAAGAGGAAGAUAUGAUGACAAAUCAGAGGAAUGAAGAGCUGCCCACCUUGUUGCAUUUUGCUGCGAAGUAUGGACUGAAGAACCUCACUGCCUUGUUGCUCACCUGCCCGGGAGCUCUGCAGGCAUACAGCGUGGCCAACAAGCACGGCCACUACCCCAACACCAUCGCUGAGAAACACGGCUUCAGAGACCUGCGGCAGUUCAUCGACGAGUAUGUGGAAACGGUGGACAUGCUCAAGAGUCACAUUAAAGAAGAGCUGAUGCAAGGGGAGGAGGCUGACACUGUGUACGAGUCCAUGGCCCACCUUUCCACAGACCUGCUCAUGAAAUGCUCGCUCAACCCCGGCUGUGACGAGGAUCUCUAUGAGUCCAUGGCUGCCUUCGUCCCAGCUGCCACUGAAGAUCUCUAUGUUGAAAUGCUUCAGGCCAGUACAUCUAACCCAAUCCCUGGAGACGGUUUCUCUCGGGCCACUAAGGACACUAUGAUCCGAAAGUUUUUAGAAGGCAACAGCAUGGGAAUGACCAAUCUGGAGAGAGAUCUAUGCCAUCUUGAUCAGGAAGAAGAUGUUUAUUACACAGUCGAUGAAGAUGAGGCCUUUUCCGUGGACCUGGCCAGCAGGCCCCCUGUCCCAGUACCCAGACCAGAGACCACUGCUCCUGGCGCUCACCAGCUGCCCGACAAUGAACCAUAUAUUUCUAAAGUUUUUGCAGAAAAAAAUCAAGAGCGACCUGGGAAUUUUUACGUUUCCUCAGAGAGCAUCAGGAAAGAGGCGCCUGUCAGACCGUGGAGGGACAGGCCCCAGUCGAGUAUAUAUGACCCUUUUGCGGGGAUGAAAACUCCAGGCCAGCGGCAGCUUAUCACCCUCCAGGAGCAGGUGAAACUGGGCAUUGUCAACGUGGAUGAGGCUGUGCUUCACUUCAAAGAGUGGCAGCUCAACCAGAAGAAACGAUCGGAGUCCUUUCGUUUCCAGCAGGAAAAUCUUAAACGACUAAGAGACAGCAUCACCCGAAGACAGAGAGAGAAGCAAAAAUCUGGAAAGCAGACAGACUUGGAAAUCACAGUCCCAAUUCGGCACUCACAGCACCUGCCUGCUAAAGUGGAAUUUGGAGUCUAUGAGAGUGGCCCCAGGAAAAGCGUCUUUCCCCCGAGGACGGAGCUGAGACGAGGAGACUGGAAAACAGACAGCACCUCCAGCACAGCAAGCAGCAUGAGUAACCGCUCCAGCACCCGGAGCCUCCUCAGUGUGAGCAGUGGAAUGGAGGGGGACAACGAGGAUAAUGAAGUCCCUGAGGCUACCAGAAGCCGCAGUCCAGCCCCCCCACAAGUGGAUGGGACACCCACCAUGUCCCUUGAAAGACCCCCCAGGGUGCCUCCAAGAGCUGCCUCACAGAGGCCACCAUCCAGGGAGACCUUCCAUCCUCCUCCACCUGUUCCACCCAGAGGACGCUGAUUCCAUCUCCUAAAACCUGCCUACUUCAGGACUGACUUUAAGACUCACAGUUUUCAGCCUGUUCAUGAUGUCUUCCUGCUGAGUUUUGUGGCAUGACUGUUGACUUUAAGACCCAUUCUCAUUGCUGAUAGUAUUGCAGCCCUGCUGGUUUGGGCUUGCCUUGAAGACUUUAUUAAGGCAUGAAGAAGUGAAAAACUAAGGGUUUUAUUCACCAUCGCCAAGUAUACCAAACCAUAUACUUGUUUGCCAAACGGAUGAAGACUUAAUCAGAAAUACUUACCUCUAAUUUGCCAUAUCAAAAGCAUAAAAAGAUUGAUCAUAAAUAUACUUUACCAGUGAUUUUACCGAAAUGCACUUAUAUUAGUCUUUAUGUAUUUGCUAGUUCAGUCUCAUUUCUAGAAGAGGUUAUAAGACUUGUAGUAUUCAAAUAAGAAGAUAAGUGACCUAAUUUUAAAAUAAUUAUUCUACUUUUCUCUAUAUUCAGCAGGGUAUUUAAGUGCUAGGGCUGGUCACACACAACAAACUAAAAAAGACUAGAGAGGGAUUAGUACUAACUCCUCUUAUAUAGAAGGCAAAUCUGAGAUUCCACGGAAGUCUGGAACCAAGACUAUUCAGUUAGUUAAAUGAAGAGGUGAGUCUAGACUGGUCCUGCUCAUUCUAGGUCACCAUGUUUUCCAACUCCAAAUAGCCAGGCCCUCUCUCCCUCAAGAAAUGCCCAGAUGUAGAAGUUCAUCAGUGCCUGACUAUUGGUCUUCCAGAAUUUUCCAUCUUCCAUAUCUCCCAGGCAUGAGACUACCAAGCUUGUUUGUUUGUUUUCUUUUCAAUUCAGGAAUUUAUACCUCAGUACAGUUUCAGCGCAGUUGUGUUUCCAGAGAACAUCUAGAAGUGGUUGGAAACCAGAAGCUGGGGAUUCCAGGGACCCCACUUAGUGCUCUAUUUCCUUUAUAGGUCUUAGUUCUGGUCAUAGAGAGAGAGGAGGACCUUUGACUUUUUCUUUGUUGAGGGAUCUAAGGAGGAAAAGCAAACCGAAAAUAGAAAUACAGUCAGUCCUCCAAAUGUAUGGGUUCUGUAUUUGUGGAUUCAACCAACCUUGGGUCAAAAAUAUUUG